CAGCCUCAACAAACAAGGGCACGAAGAAGAAACCGACAGCAAAAUAUGCCAAACUUGGUCUGAGCUGUCACUGCGUUUCGAUGAUUCCGGGGAGAACCAUGGGGAGCUCUUCCAUGAGAAGCGGGUUCUGGUUCCUUUUGGUUAUUGUCUUGCUGUCGGUGGAGCAUUUCCAAUGGGUGGAGGCGCAGCAGUGUGUAUGGUACGGUCAGUGCGGGGACUCGCAAAUAGUUCAUGGUAAAAAGUACAACUGUAACUACACAGGCCCGCCCCUCCCUCUGAAGGAGGACGGUUACGAUCUUCUCAAGGAACUUUGUCCGGGGUUGGACUAUGGGAACCGAAGCCUCUGCUGUGACGUGGACCAGCUGCAAACUCUCAAAGAGAGUCUCCAGGUGCCGCUGCAGUUCCUCUCUCGCUGUCCGGCCUGCAUCUACAACUUCAUGAAUUUCUUCUGCGAGCUGACCUGCAGCCCUCACCAGAGCCAGUUCAUGAACGUCACGCAGAUCAGCGGGCCCAACGUGGUGGACGUGCAGUACUACAUCGGAGAGAGAUUUGCCAGUGCCAUGUACAACGCCUGCAAGGAUGUGGAGGCUCCGUCCAGCAACAUGAAGGCCCUGUCCCUGCUGUGUGGCAGAGCGGCUGAGGAAUGCACCCCCACCAACUGGAUCCAGUACAUGUUUGACAUCUCCAAUCAACAGGCUCCCUUUCCCAUCGAGCCCAUCUUCUCAGACAGCCCCGUGGUGGGUUUCACCCCCAUGAAUAACCAGACGUUCGACUGCUCUGAGGCGCUGGAGGACGGCCAGGGCGCCUGCUCCUGCCAGGACUGUGAGAAGACCUGCGGCCCCGCACCAGUCCCCCCUCCCGUCACCCCGCCGUGGACCAUCCUGGGCUUCGACGCCAUGGUCUUCAUCAUGUGGAUGUCCUACAUGGUCUUCCUGUUGGUCUUCGUCACGCUGGUGGUUGGCGCCUGGUGCUACAGAAGAAGAUUGAUUGUCUCUGAGUACGGCCCCAUACUGGACAGCAAGAACCCUCUGUCCCUCAACGGAGAGAGCCCGGACCAAACGGCCGUGACCUGCUGCGAAACACUCGGCGAACGCUUCGAGAACAGCAUGAGGUCGGCCUUCAGCUCCUGGGGCUCCUUCUGCGUGCGGCACCCCUCACUGGUCAUCCUGGGCAGCCUGAUCCUGGUGGUGGCCGCCUCUUCAGGACUCGUCUACAUGCGCAUCACCACCGACCCGGUGGAGCUGUGGUCCUCCCCUGACAGCCAGGCACGGCGGGAGAAGGACUACUACGACAGCCACUUUGGGCCGUUUUUCAGAACCACUCAGCUCAUCAUAACGACAUCGCUCUCUGCUCCUGACCCCUUUGACCCCCAAAUAGGGCCCCUGGUGCCAUUUGGAGCCGUACUGGGCAUCGACGUCCUGCACCAGGUGCUGGAUCUUCAGCUGAAGAUCGAAGGCCUGGAGGCCACGUACGAGGGUUCAAAGGUCACCCUGAAGGACGUCUGCUUGGCACCUUUGGCCCCGUACAACAACAACUGCACCAUCAUCAGUGUCCUGAACUACUUCCAGAACAGCCACGAAGUGCUGGACCAUAUCAUCGCAGACCCCUUCAUGGUCUACGCCGACUACCGCACCCACUUCCUCUUCUGUGUCAAUGCACCUGCGUCCCUCAAUGACACCACUCUCCUCCACGAUCCGUGUCUUGGGACGUUUGGGGGCCCCAUCUUUCCGUGGGUGGCCCUUGGCGGCUACGAUGGUACCAACUACAACAACGCCACGGCUCUGGUCAUCACGUUUCCUCUCAACAACUAUCUGAACGACACUGUGAAGAAAGGAAAAGCCCUGGCCUGGGAGAAGGAGUUCAUCCGCUUCAUGAAGAGCUUCAGCAGCCCUAACCUGACCGUCGCCUUCACCGCCGAGAGAAGCGUGGAGGACGAGAUCGACCGCGAGAGCAACAGCGACAUCAGCACCAUCGUGAUCAGCUACGCCAUCAUGUUCCUCUACAUCUCGCUGGCGCUGGGUCACAUCCACAGUUGCAGGAGGCUUGUGGUGGAUUCCAAGGUCUCCCUGGGGAUCGCCGGGAUCCUCAUCGUGCUGAGCUCCGUGGCCUCCUCGCUGGGAAUCUUCAGCUAUGCCGGGGUCCCCCUCACCCUUAUCGUGAUCGAGGUCAUCCCCUUCCUCGUCCUGGCCGUGGGCGUUGACAACAUCUUCAUUAUCGUGCAAACCUACCAGAGAGACGAGCGGCUGCCUCACGAGGAGCUCCACCAGCAGAUCGGCCGGAUCCUGGGCGACGUGGCGCCCAGCAUGUUCCUCUCCUCCUUCUCCGAGACCGUCGCCUUCUUCCUGGGAGCGCUGUCCAACAUGCCGGCGGUGCGAACCUUCUCCCUCUUCGCUGGCCUGGCUGUUUUCAUCGACUUCCUCCUGCAGAUCAGCUGCUUCGUCAGCUUGCUGGGGCUGGACUUGAGGAGACAGGAGGCCAAUCGUUGGGACAUACUGUGCUGCAUGAAGCUGCCGGAGGGUCAGAAGCAAGAGUCCGACAGCUUCCUCUUCCGCUUCUUCAGGAAGGUCUACGCUCCCUUCAUACACAAGGAGUGGGUGCGACCCCUCAUCGUGGCUGUGUUUGUGGGGAUGCUCUCCUUCAGCGUUGCUGUGGUCAACAAGGUGGAGAUUGGACUGGACCAGAAGCUGUCCAUGCCUGACGACUCGUACGUGCUGCAGUACUUCAAGAACAUGAGCGAAUACCUGCACAUCGGGCCGCCGGUCUACUUCGUGGUGGAGGACGGGCUGGACUAUGGUCUCUCUGAGGACCAGAACAAAGUGUGUGGAGGCAUGGGCUGCAACAACAACUCGGUGGUGCAGCAGGUGUACUCUGCCUCGCUCAUCAGCUCCUACACCAAGGUGGCCAGCACGCCCUCGUCCUGGCUGGACGACUACUUCGACUGGGUGAAGCCUCAGUCCACCUGCUGCCGCUAUUACAACAGCACCGGCGCCUUCUGUAACGCCUCAGUGGUGGACCCGUCCUGCGUCCGCUGCCGACCUAUGACCCCGAGCGGGAAGCAGAGGCCGCUGGGGGAAGACUUCAUGCGCUUCCUGCCCAUGUUCCUGUCUGACAACCCCAACGUGAACUGUGGCAAAGGCGGCCACGCCGCCUACGCCACUGCCGUGGAUCUGCAGGGGAAUGCCACCAGGGUGGGCGCCUCCUACUUCAUGAGCUACCACACCAUCCUGAAGGAGUCGCCCGACUUCAUCCAGGCUCUGAAAAUGGCCCGGACUCUGGCCUCCAACAUCAGCCAGGCGGUGGAUCACAGGGUGUUUGCAUACAGCGUCUUCUACGUCUUCUACGAGCAGUACCUGACCAUCGCCUACGACACGGCGCUCAACCUGGGCGUGUCGCUGGCCGCCAUAUUCGUGGUGACCACGGUGCUGCUGGGCUUCGACCUGUGGGCCGCCGUGAUGGUGAGCGUCACCAUCGCCAUGAUCCUGGUCAACAUGUUCGGAGUCAUGUGGCUGUGGGACAUCAGCCUCAACGCCGUGUCCCUGGUCAACCUGGUGAUGGCCUGUGGCAUCUCCGUGGAGUUCUGCAGCCACAUCGUGAGGGCCUUCUCCGUCAGCGUGAAGAAGAGCCGGGUGCAGCGGGCCGAGGAGGCGCUGGCCUUCAUGGGCAGCUCGGUCUUCAGUGGCAUCACCUUGACCAAGUUCGGUGGGAUCCUCAUCCUGGCUCUCUCCAAGUCCCAGAUCUUCCAGGUCUUCUACUUCCGCAUGUACCUGGCCAUCGUGCUGCUCGGGGCGGCGCACGGCCUGGUCUUCCUGCCGGUGCUGCUCAGCUACAUCGGUCCCGGCGUGAACAGGGCCAAGGUCCUGGCCGCCAACUCGGCCUUCGCCGGCACCGAGCGCGAGCGGCUGCUCAACUACUGAGGCGGGUCGGAGGCGAGGCGGUGAGAUGAACUAUGCACAGACUGAACUCAGGUGCUCGACCGGACCCGCCCCUCCUCACAACACUACACUCGAUCGUUGAUCAAUACCCUUCAUUGAUCAGAGGAAAUCUUAAAAGGAGAAUUUUUUUCUUUAGUUUUUAAAAGUGCGUUUCUUGAUUGUAUAAAGCCAAGUUUUAAUCGCCGCCGCAGCAGCAGCAGCGAGGACGCAGGAGCCGGCGCCAAGUCUUCUUUUAUACCUUUAAUCAUGGGACCUCAGGGCGACCCGGCGGGCGGCGCCCACUAACCUGCACUCUGGUACCAGACCCGAGUGGAGAAACCCUUGUGAAGCUCCAGCUCACCUGCUCAACUGUCAGUCCUUUUAAGUUAUUGUUUUACUGACGUGACUGACGUGACUCCGCCCCCGACUCAGCAGAUUUUUAACACCUCUUUAUUCACCCGGGUCACUCGUCCCAUUCCCUCCUUCCUUCCUUCCUUCCUUUCUUUCUUUGGACUUUUAACCAUGCAGUCGCGCGUGUCGGGAACAUUCCUGAUUGUAAAUGAAGUUGAUGCCUUUGGAUUGUACUUUUUAACAUUUUAACACAUUAAACUUUCUCACGAACGAUU